AUUUAGUCACAUUAGUUAUUUUGCCCAUGUCGAGGUUGAGAAAUAGUUCCUUGAACUGAAUAUGUCUACUCUAGGCAAAAUCCUUGUUGCACUUACACACUGACGUUGCGUGGGCGACAGUAAGCAAAGGAACUCACGCCAAUUUUUUGUGCACCGAAAUCUUCAUUUGUGGGGGAUAUUUUAGGUUCUUUUCAUCGUGUAGCGCAAGUUUCAAACAAGUCAUGAGCAAAAGAGAAGGGGAAGGAUGUCCCCGCAAGAAGAAAACGGAUGGUGCUCAGAUGCAGAGGAACGAUCAACGUGACGCGUCCAAUAUCAACCCAUCAUCUGCAGUGAUAGCUUCAUUCAGAGUGUUCCAGCAGGAGCUUGACACCAAACACGACAAGUACGAGCGGCUGGUCAAGAUAAGCCGUGACGUCACCAUAGAGAGCAAGCGGACAAUUUUCCUGCUUCACAGAGUCACCACUGUGCCCAAUGUGAAUGAGGUGCUGGAAGAGGCGGACGUGAAGCUGGACGGCGUGAGGCAGAAGAUCGGUCAGAUCGCCGAGGAGCUGAGAGGAGAGGACUUGUAUCAGUUUCACAGAGCGUUCACGCCAGGUAUCCAGGAGUAUGUGGAGGCCGUGUCCUUCCAGCACUUCAUCAGGCACCGCACCCUCAUCAGCCUGGAGAAGAUCAACGCCAGACUGGUCUUCAUGAGGCCGGAGAAGACUGAGGCCAAGACGGAUGAGGAAGUCGCGCCCUCUCGGCCGGAGCCGGCCAUCCUGACGUUCCAGGUGACCCCUACGGACUACCUGCUGGGCGUGGCCGACCUGACGGGGGAGCUGAUGCGCAUGUGUAUCAGCAGCGUGGGGAACGGCGACAUGGACACGCCCUUCCAGCUCGGCGGCUUCCUGAGGGAGGUGCAUGAUGGGUUCUCCUACAUCGGCAACACCGGGCCCUAUGAGGUGUCCAAGAAGCUGCAUACGCUGCGCCAGAGCCUGGCCAAGGUGGAGGAUGCCUGCUACACCCUGCGUGUGCGUGGCUCUGAGAUCCCCAAACACAUGCUGGCUGACGUCUUCUCCAGCCGCGCCCUCAUGCUCGACACAGAGGAGGGCAUGGCCUAGCCCGACGCAGGCAGCCAUUACACACACACAUCCACACACACGCAUGCACACUAACACACACACACACGCAGACACACACAAGCACGCAGACACACACACACACACACACACACACACACACACACACACACACACACAGGCAGACACACACACACAGGCAGACACACCCACGCACACACAUGCAUGCAGACACACACACUCACGCAGACACCCACGCGCACACAGACACCCACGCACUCAGACACACACAUUCAUGCAGACACUCACAUCCACACGCUCAUCCACACAUGUACAGACACACACGCACACAUGCACAUUCAUCCACGCAUACACACACUCAUCCAUACAUACACACACUCAGCCAUGCAUGCUUAGACAUACCCAGACACACACACACACACACACACACACACACACACACACACACACACACACACACACACACACACACACACACACACACACACACACACACACACACACACACACACACACACACACACACACACACACAGCUUUUCCUGUCUUGUUCCUUCUGGGGAGGUAUUUUGAAAAACAAGGUAAAGAUACAGCAGGGUAUGCUAUAAAGGUGGUGCUUAACUUGGUUUGCUUUACCCAGAGGUAGCUGUGAAGCUUAGAGAAGAGCUUAUUUGAAAGUAUUUGUUUAGUUGACAGAGUAAAUCUGUUGGCUCUUCUCACAACUAGCUUACACCUAUCCUUGAGUGAGGCAAGCCAGGAUUUGAUACCACCUUUGUAAGAUACUCUCCACAAGUUCACCCACCUUGAAUAUACUACAUACUGGGUACUUUGAAUACCCUCUCUUUUGCGUUACUUUGCUCUGCAUGUAAAGAACAUUCAACAUUUUUAGUCCCUGGAGUACAGUCAGGUGUUGGUUCUUUUGCCAUUGCCGUUUAACAUGUUUCUCUUUUUCCUUUUUGGAGGGUGAACCUCUUUUUGUUGGGUGCAGUCUUCAGUCAGACUUGGAGACUUUUGUUGGCUUUGUUUAAAGGUGUAUUUGUUUGCAUGUAGCAAACAGCUGUUUCAUACAAUGAUGUAAAUGUGAUUUGCUUGGUUCCGUUUACUGGUUUAUGUGAUGUGCAUUGUAAUGCAGCAAAGAUAUGACUUUUUAAUAAAACAUUUUUGGUCAUAAA